GAAGCAUGGUCAGCUAUCUCACCUUGUGCUUCAUUUUACUAAUCAUAUUGACUGACAAGAGUGAAGCCUGUUUUUGUGAUCACUACCCUUGGACUCGCUGGUCCAGCUGUUCUAAAUCCUGCAAUUCUGGAACCCAGAGCAGACAGAGGCAAAUAGAAGUUGAUGAUUACUACCGGCAUAACUCAUGUGACCAAUUUUGUAACAAGCAGGAGACUAGAGAGUGCAAUGUACAGACAUGCCCUGUCAACUGUGUCCUUGGAGACUAUGGGCCAUGGUCAGACUGUGACCCUUGUAUUGAAAAACAGAUUAAAGUUAGAUCUGUCCUGCACCCCAGUCAGUUUGGGGGACAACCAUGCACAGAACCCCUGGUGACCUUUCAACCAUGUGUCCCAUCCAAGCUCUGCAAAAUUGAAGAGGCUGAUUGCAAGAAUAAAUUCCUCUGUGACAGUGGGCGCUGCAUUCCCCACAAAUUAGAAUGUAAUGGAGAAAAUGACUGUGGAGACAAUUCAGAUGAAAGACACUGUGGGAGAACAAAGACAGUAUGUCCCCAGAGAUACUAUCCCAUCCCUAACGUGCAGCUGAUGGGCACUGGGUUUCACUUUCUGGCAGGAGAGCCCAGAGGAGAUGUCCUUGAUAACUCAUUCACUGGAGGAAUAUGUAAAACUGUCAAAAGCAGUCGAGCUAGUAAUCCAUACCGUGUUCCAGCCAAUCUGGAAACUGUCAACUUCAAGGUACAAACUGUAGAAGAUGACUUCAAAACAAAUUUCUACAAAGAUUUAACUAAUCUUGGAAAUAAUAAAAAUGAAACUUCCUUGUUGUCACGUGACCAGAAACAGUCUUUUGAUGUGCCAAUUAUUUAUUCCUCAAAGACAAGUAGAAGAUCCAAACAUAACUCAGCCAUCAAGGAAGCCAUUCAAGCCUCCCACAAAAAGGAUUCCAACUUUGUUCGGAUCCAUAAAACAAUAAAAGUCUUCAAUUUCACCAUGAAAACGACAGACCUGCAGCUGUCAGAUGUCUUUCUAAAAGCCCUGCACCAUCUGCCUUUAGAAUACAACUCGGCUUUGUAUAGCCGGAUAUUUGAUGACUUCGGGACCCACUACUUCACCUCAGGCUCUCUGGGGGGCAAGUAUGACCUUCUCUACCAAUUCAGCACUCAGGAGCUUCAGAACUCAGGUUUAACAGAAGAAGAAACCCGAAACUGUGUCCGGUAUGAAACAAAGAAACGUUUUCUCUUUUUUACAAUACAAAAAAGCACAGAAGACCGGUGUACCACAAAUAAGCUGUCUGAAAAAUAUGAAGGUUCCUUGUUGCAGGGUUCAGAGAAAGCCAUAUCCCUGGUCCAGGGAGGGAGGAGUCAGCAAGCAGCAGCCUUGGCAUGGGAGAAGGGGACCUCAGGCCCAGAGGAGAAAGUCUUUUCUGAGUGGGUAGAAUCAGUGAAGGAAAGCCCUGGUGUGAUUGAUUUUGAGCUUGCUCCGAUCACCGACUUGGUCAGAAACAUCCCAUGUGCAGUGACAAAACGGAACAAUCUCAGGAAAGCAUUUCAAGAAUAUGCAGCCAAGUUUGACCCCUGCCAGUGUGCUCCAUGUCCUAACAAUGGCCGUCCCAGGCUCUCAGGCACGGAAUGCUUGUGUGUGUGCCAGAGUGGCACCUACGGUGAGAACUGUGAGAGGCGGUCUCCAGAUUACAAGUCUGAUUCAGUGGAUGGAAACUGGAGCUGCUGGUCUUCCUGGAGCACGUGCAAUGCUGCUUAUAGGAGAUCAAGGACUCGGGAGUGUAACAACCCUGCUCCCCAGCAAGGAGGGCGACGCUGUGAGGGCCAGCAGAGGCAAGAGGAAGACUGUACAUUCUCAAUAAUGGAAAAUGUUGGACAACCAUGUAUCAGUGACAAUGAAGAAAUGAAAGAGGUAGACAUUGGUGAGAAAGAAGCAGAUUUGGGGUGUCCUCAGCCUGCUCUCCCAGAAAAUGGAUUUAUCUGGAAUGAAAAGAAACUGUACUCCAUUGGGGAGGAAGUUGAAAUUUCAUGUCUUACUGGAUUUAAAGCUGUUGGGUACCAGUACUUCAGAUGCUUGCCAGACAGAACCUGGAGGCAAGGAGAUGUCGAAUGCCAACGGACCGAGUGCCUCAAGCCAGUUGUUCAGAAUGUCCUGACAAUCUCCCCAUUUCAGAGAGUGUAUAAGAUUGGUGAAUCCAUUGAGCUGACUUGCCCCAAAGGCUCUGUUGUUGCUGGACCAUCAAGGUACACUUGUGAGGGAGACUCCUGGACACCACCCAUUUCAGAUUCCCUGACCUGUGAAAAAGAUAAUGUCCUGACAAAAUCAAAGGACCUUUGUCAGCCAGGACAAAAACAAUCGGGAUCCACGUGUAUAUGUAUGUCUCCAGAAGAAGACUGUAGCAAUUAUUCAGAAGACCUUUGUAUAUUUGAUGUGGGAUCCAGCCAAUACUUCACUUCAUCUGCUUGCAAAUUUUUGGCUCAAAAAUGUUUAAACAAGAACCAGUUCCAUUUUGUACAUGCUGGUCCUUGCCAAGAAGGUCCCCAGCUAGAAUGGGGUCUUGAGAGACUAAAACUCGCAUUGAAUAGCACAAGGAAAGUGUCCUGUGGAUAUGACACCUGCUAUGACUGGGAAAAAUGCUCAGCCCACACUUCCAAUUGUGUCUGCCUGUUGCCCCCACAGUGCUCCAAGGAUGGAAACCAACUCUACUGUGUCAUAAUGGGAUCCUCAACACGUGCGAAAAGAGUAAACAUCUGUACAGUGGGAGCUGUGAGGUGUGCAAACAGGAAGGUGGAAAUACUGACCCCUGGGAGGUGUUUGGAUUAGCAUUGUUGCUGAUAAGUUCAAAACAGUGCCUCCAAAAGCAGGGAUGGGCACAAGGACAGGAAUUGGGGAAAGUGAAUGGAUGUAACCAGAGGAUAAAGACACUUAUAUCCAGGGAUGCCAUGAUAAAAUUUUUUUUACUUUGUAUGAUAACCUAAAAGGUAAUUUUUAAAAACAUUAUAUGAAGAGAAAACUGGCAUGGACAUAAAUUA